AUGCCCCUCCCACCAUCUCCCCUGAAACUCUCUCACCGCCGCCUCUCCGACACGGACGACUUCCCACCCUCUCCGGGUGCAGAGGAUCCCAAUAGGCUCAUGCCACGAAGCCCAACGUCUCCUCGCACACCUCAGUUUUCUGUCCCGUCUUCCCCCGUUGCCCUUCGCCACGGCGGCGCAGGCGCCAUGAACGGAUCACUCCGAGACUCGGUAGAUUUCUCUACCGAAUCUGGCGGCGGCGGCGGGUUGGGAAAUCUCGCUGAUGAACUUGCCGACGCAUGGGAGCAAGAGGAAGACGGAUAUGAUUAUGCCUCGGGCCAAGAGAUGGGCACUGCUGACUCGCAGAACAUGGAGCAAAGUGACGUGGAGGAUGGGUACCUGCAGCCAACCUCUCAGAUGCACACUCGUUCUUCGUCAACAGGAUCACCGGAUCGGAAAGAUCGACUCCGAACAACACAAUUACGACAACACCGACGGCAAGAGUCCCAUUACGAUGGAUCAGAUUAUGGCAAUGACUCAGAUCUCGAAGAAGUUGCGGAUAUCUCUCCCUCAUUAGAGAUGCAAUUGUCCGACAUCGAAAGCCUCGCCCGGCGUGGCAUUGAGAACAAUGGCAGUGAAAGUGAUCAUAUCAUUCAGCGGACUGUCGAAGCACUUCGAGAUCUUGGCGGACAAAGUGGCAUUGAAAAUGGCGCUAUGCGACUGAUUACCGCCCAUUCCUCUAUCACGUCUCAUCUGACUCACCAAACGCGCACACUCCAAUCCUUGAUCCAUCCGCUUCUCUUCUCACCAUUCCCUCUACUAUCUGAAGACGCCAUUGACUCUCUCAUGCCACUUAUCGACGAGGGUCUUCUGCCGAAUCUCCCAUACCCAUUCCCCGAACAGCCUCGGCGUGAUUCCCGGCCGACCACGCCGUCUCAGCAGAACACCCAGAACCCUCUCAUGUCACUACAAGCCCUUGUGUCUCAGACAGCAGAUCUUACUGCGUCCCUUCGCAGCCUCGGGGAUACACUUUACGAGUCCCGUCAGUUGACGGCGACUGCAUCGCGGCGCCUGCGAUCCGCACGUGAACUUGUCAUAGACAUUAGGCGGGAAGAGGAAAGCCGUGAAGAGGGCUCAAGGUGGAUCGAACUGGGCGAAUGGGACCGACGGCUUCAGAGUCGCGAAGCAGGUCAGGAAUGCCGUGACGUUGUGAACGGCUUCGAGACCGUCUGCGGCGAGUGGCGUGAGAAACUGUUCGGACCUUCUCCUGAGGUAGUAGCUACUUGA